AUGUGUCGCCAUUAUUAUUUCUCCACACAUGUGUGGCUUUUUCUUCUGUGUCAAGGAAAGUGCGUCUUGGGUCACAAAGCUGACACGUCGGAUUAUCAGGUCAGACAGUCCCUCCCAGGAUUUGGGAACCUCACCCAGGGAUACAACAAAUAUCUCAGGCCAAAUUUUGGUGGACAGCCUGUGGUGAUUUCAAUGAGCCUUGAUGUUGCAAGUAUUUCCAGCAUUUCUGAGAGUGAUAUGGACUACACAGCAACAAUAUAUUUGCGGCAACACUGGACAGAUCCCCGUUUGGUUUUUCUGGGGAACAAAAGUUUUACUCUGGAUGCCCGGCUGGUGAAGUACCUGUGGGUGCCUGACACAUACAUUGUGGAGUCAAAAAGGUCUUUCUUACAUGAGGUCACAGUAGAGAAUCGGCUUAUACGGUUGUUCUCCAAUGGCACAGUUUUGUACGCCUUGAGAAUCACGACUACUGUUGCAUGUAACAUGGACUUAUCAAAAUAUCCUCUGGAUACACAGACGUGUAAACUGCAAAUGGAAAGCUGGGGAUAUGAUGAGAACGAUGUGCUGUACACAUGGCUGAGGGGAAAUGAUUCUGUCCAUGGUCUUGACAACUUGCAACUCUCCCAGUAUAGAGUGGAGCAUUUUUACACCCAUAUAACAACGUCACAUCAGGAAACAGGCAAUUACUCAAGACUGAUACUGCAGUUUGAGCUCAAAAGGAACAUGCUUUAUUUCAUUCUGGAGACUUACAUGCCAUCCUCCCUGCUUGUCAUUCUGUCUUGGGUUUCUUUCUGGAUCACGCUGGAUUCAGUUCCUGCAAGAACGUGUAUUGGAGUAACAACUGUGUUAUCAAUGACGACUCUGAUGAUGGGCUCACGGAGCUCCGUAACCAAGACCAACAGUUUCAUAAAAGCUAUUGAUAUUUACCUGGGCAUCUGCUUCAGCUUUGUCUUUGGUGCUUUGGUGGAAUAUGUAGUUGCACACUACAUUGCCUCUCAAAAAUGUGUGGCUAAUGAGACUCCAAAGGCUUCCACAAAUGAUGUUGCCAGAGAAACUGAAGAUAUCACCAUCACUAACAUCUUGACUACUUCCAUCACCAGCAACAGUCAAAAGAUAAACUUUGCCACUUUUGAUAAGGUCACCUAUGGUGGCUUAGCCAUGACCCCAAAGGACAAAAUUCGGUUUAUCUUGAGAAACAAAAUAAACAAAAUUAUCAGUUAUUUCACAAUUCAAAAUCCAAGCAAUAUUGACCACUAUUCAAAAUUGCUAUUUCCUUUCUUUUUUGCAUUAGUCAAUGUAUUGUACUGGGCUUAUUACUUAGUUUUUUAGGAAAGUGGAGCUUCCUCAUAGCAUGGG